AUGGAAUACUACACCAAUCUCUGGAAAGGACACAUCUCUCAUAUACUCUCCGAGAUUGACGAAGACUCGGAACAGUCGGCAAGCCCCAGCGAGCCCCAGUCUCCCGUGACUACUGUGGAAUCACCGGAUGAGGGAGACCGCAUCACGGAGCAUGAAAGCGUCACCACGGGAAACACCAUCUUCAACGUUGAAACCCUGAUACAGACGAACUAUUACUUCAUGUCAACACCACCCUCGAGCUCCCAACACCAACGCAUAGGCGAAGCGUCCAACACCAACUCGAACCCUUCAGCAGGAGACCGUCCCGUCACACCCAGCCAAGUCGAGCGCCAUGUGCAGCAUGUAUCACGCACGGCCCCUCCGGGAACCAGGCGACAUAAUCCCCCGCCAUCCAGAGGGCAGAGAUUCGGCGCCCACAAGCUCUCUGCCGCCGAGCGCCCCCGCAUCCAAGCGAGCCGCUCAGCGCCAAGCAGCGCGCCGACCCGCAUGCCGGCCGCGACAGUCCCACGCGCGCCGCCGUCACCGACUUCUCCGUCCCCAAGCCAGGCGGCUGCAGCGCGGGGCCUUUCCCGACCAAAGGCGAGCCGCGCGGCCGAGAAAUCGAGCGACCAAGCGGCGGCGAUGAUGAUGGAGAAUGAGGAGGAGGUUCAGGAGGCCAUGGGCCGCCUUGCCAUCACCAGCGACGACGAUGACGACGACGACGACGACGACGACGACGACGACGACGACGCUACGCCACCGGACGGCUGCGAGUUCCACGUCAAGGAUGCUGGCCUGAAGAGCCCGUUCGACGUGCUGGCUCGGCGCUCCGUCGACAAGCUUGAAAAGAGCCUGCGCGAGAAGAUGGGCACAAUGCUGAGCGAGAAGGACGGUGUCAGCCACAUCUACAUCUUUCAGUCGACCGAGCUCCCCAACCUCGUCAAAAUCGGGCGGGCGGACAACCCGGAGACACGCCUCUCGGACAUACGGGGUGCGUGUAAGUUACCGAGCCUGCAGAAACGAUACGUCGAGGAGUACGUGCCGUGGGCCAAGCGCGUGGAAAAGCUGGUCCUGGCCCACCUGGAUGAGCUCAAAGAACUUUGGACGUGUAAAAAUGGACAUUCCGGACAUCGGGAGUGGUUUCGGUGCAGUCCUGAAUUUGCGCAGAAGGUUAUUCAGGCUUGGGCAGGAUGGAUCAGGCGGCAGCCGUACGCGCAUCGACUUCUGCAGAGCCCUUGGCCCGAGAAGAUAGAAUGCUUGCGGGGAAAUGCAGAGCUGAAAGAGGAAGAGACGUUCAAAGAAGUUUUCAGGCGACAUCGGCAGUGGAUGCAGCAGCCUUAG